GUUGUGAUAAACUUAUUAAAUAGGUUUUUUUUUAUUUGAUAAGUUCACUACAAUUUAAACUUUGGCAGUUUUGGGUGAACGAUGGGUAGUGCAGUAUCUUCAGGCGUGAAUAACGAUGACCUCGUGAACAAUUUAGUGAAGGAAAAGUACAUCACGUCACACCAGGUGGAACAAGUAUUCAGAGCAGUCGAUCGAGGUCAUUUUGUGGACACAUUUCUGGCUGAAAAUUUUGAAGGAUCACAAGGAACGAAUCAGCAGACACGAAGUCUGUCGAGGCGACCCAACAUCACAGCUUAUGAAGAUCUCGCAUGGAGAGAAGGCAAUUUGCAUCUGUCAGCUCCUUGCAUUUACACACAUGUAAUGGAGGAACUGGAUUUGAAAUCGGGUCUGUCGUUUCUAAAUAUUGGAUCUGGCACUGGCUACUUGAAUCUGAUGGUGGGACACAUAAUUGGACCUCGUGGGUGUAACCAUGGAGUGGAGUUACAUCAAGACUGCAUCGAAUAUGCCACUGAGCGCAUAGGCGCCUACGUAAGAGAGGCGCCGCACUUUGACAAGUUCAAUGUGGGUUUGCCGGAAUUCUUCAGGGGAAACGGAUUGUGCCUUUCCUCAGAAUGUUUCUACAGAUAUGACAGAGUUUACUGUGGCGCAGCUGUGCCCUCUGAACAUAUUCAGUUCAUGAAGCUACUCGUCAAGCCAGGUGGAGUCCUAGUUCUCCCUUGCGGAGACCAACUGGUCAAGAUAACAGUUAAAGACGACUUCACGUCAGACCUUCGAGAUCUUCUACCAGUAUCUUUUGCUAGUCUAAUUGUGCCCUCCAAUGAAGAGUUACGCAAAGAGACUGUCACGCUACCCUUGAAGCCCAUUCCGACUUUGAAGGAUCUUUGUCGAAUAGCAAUUCGAGAAGCAAUUCAAGAUGGUCUUUUUCCCGCGGACACGACCCGAGUAGCAGUGAAGCCACUCACGAGAGCCGAACGGAUCCAAAAGCGCCGAAUGUCCCGCCCUAAUCGAGUCUCGGUGAGACGCAGGCGGCCUAGAGUGGAACCAUAUUUGUCAGCUCGCAGCCAGGAGCCGAACGAGCAUGUUGAAGAAAGUACGACCAAUGAUGAAGAUGAAAACGCGCCUCUAGAUUCUCGAGGCCAUCUAGGAUUUUCUGUUAGUAAUGAAACUGCUCCUGGCGACAGGGUUCUUGAUGAGGAAAUUGCGAGUGGUAUUGCAGAUAACAUUGCGAGCCAGAUUGUUGAUGAAAUUGUUAAUGGAUAUAGUGAAAAUGAAUCUGAAAAUGAAAACGAGAGGUCUAAUUCUCUUCACAUUGUAAGAAAUGAAACCGCGCUAAAUGGCCAGGAAAAUAAAUGUAAUUACCAACAAAGUCUGAAUGUCCCUAAAUCGCAAAAUACGGCAAUUUCAAAAAAUUUGUCAGUGACUUCUUCAAAUGAUCCACUUGAAAUUAAUGACCAUGAUUCUUCGAAUGACUCUUUGAGGAAAGGAUUCAGCGAUAUUGCCGUUGAGAGCAUCGAAAAGAAAUCCAGUCAAAUUGAGUCAACCAGUAACUCGGUUUUAGAAGAUAACGGAAAGAAAAUUAUUAAAAACGAUCUGGGAAACCCGGACCAUUGUCAUGCAAGUACUUCGUCCAAUGGUCACGUGCAUAAGUCUGAAGCACAAAGCUGUAGAAAAAUUGAGGUUAGCAGUGAAGCGCAAAGUAUUGGCGAGUCAAGCUGUGGUAAUUUUUUUGAACAGCCAAAAAGGAUGAAAAAAGAUAAUAUUGAUGAGAAUAAAGCCUCAGGUAGCGGUGAUCAGAUUCAGCAAGGAUGUCUGGGGCCCUUAACAGAUCCUGGAACUUCCACUCAGGAAUCGAAAAGUGUACCUAAAAGUGGGAAGGUCUCAGUCGUGAAAAACACAGAAAAAGUAGAGAGUAGUACAUCUGAUCCAAAACUACUAACGGUGAGUGAUUUAGAGAAAAUCAGGGUUCGCGAGUUGGCAGAACUAAGAAGGCAAGAGCAACUGAGGUUGGCAGGUUAUUCUCCGAUCCUUGAGAGCUCAGAUGAAGAAGACAGUGCAAAUACUAACUAUUUGGGAGACACAACAACUUUAGAGCCAGUGCCACAAGAUGUGCUCAUUGCAAGACCGCGGCAACCAUCAAGCAAUCAGACGUCAAGUCUAAGCACUGAUACCCAGAGACCUGAAGAAGGAAGUUCGGAUCCUCGAACUGGCACUUCAACCUCAGUAUCUUUGCCGUUUCCCAUCCGAUUUUUUCUGGAAAUGCAGAACAACGUCAGAGCCCUGGAUAUCGAUGACAUCCUGAACUACCCAGGGAGGAGUCUAAAUAGACUGGAGGAGGAAGAAGAGGGGGGACUAUUUGACGGAGAAGAAGAGGGUUACAGUGGAAGUGAAUCGAGUGGAGAAGAGGAUGAGGGGGGUGGGGAGGUGAGUGGAAGCAGACAGAGAAGCGCGGCCUCCACAGGAACUUUGUCCACGUCUAUGGUGGGAACCGGCAAUGAGUCAAGUAGCAGAAGCGCAGAUACAAACGACUCUGAUUCUAGUAAUGAAGGCCGCCAUCAUCCUUCUGUGUUCUGGGUACGAGACAGAAUAAGAUCCCUGGAUCUGCCUCAAUUUCUAAUUGACUAUCUGCUCUACCACAGAAAAUAUAUUUUCGAUUGAACUAUUUAAAAACUUGAUGUUUUCUUGAGCGCUCGUCUUCUUUUCCCGAGAAAUUAUUACGUUUCAAAAAUUCUUACGAUUCAAGAGCUUUCGAUACGAUUCAAGAAAGUUAGGCAUGUUUUAUCUAAGAGUCUUCAAAACUUUGAACUUUUCAGCAGUACACAUUGUAAUGUAAUGUAAUCUUGAGUUUUAACUAUCUUUGGGGAAAUAAAGAAGAAUCGGCUCGGAAUUUUAGUGACAAACUCUGAUGCAAAACUGUAUUAACCUUCUCAAUUUUAGUUACGGUGUUUUAACUAGAGUAGAUCACUUAGAUUUAAUGCAUAUCUAGAUCAUAUUUUAAACAUUCUGCUCUAAUGUAACUAGAUUACGGUUUAGAAGGAAUUUAAUUUCGUAUUUUAA